AUGACCAGCAUAGAUGGCGACACUGUAAUAUUCCCACCGAAUGUUAAUUACAUUAUCAGUAUUAGCAUUAACAGCAUCGCCUGUCCUUUCACAGUUCUGCUUAACGUGCUGGUAAUUAUAGUCGUCAAAAAAAGACCACGACUCCGAACUAACAACAACAUCUUACUGGCCUGUUUAGCGGUGACUGACGCAUUAACUGGUCUCUUUGGCCAACCGUUAUAUGUGUUGUGGAGGAUAUUCCUAAUAUUUGGCCUCAGUAGCAGUGAAAUACUUGAAAAUGUUUGUGUCUGUGUUAUGACUACACUUUCGUCUGCUUCAUACCUUCAUCUGAUGUUGGUUACUUUCGAGAGGCUCAUAGCGAUCAAAUAUGCGAUGCGCUAUUCAAACGUUGUAACUCAUAACAACCUGAAGAUAGCGGUGUUAGCAAUUUGGAUCAUUGGUUUCGUAUGCGGUACUUUAUGUGUGUUAAAAAUGUACCUAGCUUUGAAUUAUAUCAAAAGCCUCAUCUCAAUUUCAUGUAUCGUGCUCGUUGCCUUCGCAUAUGUGACUUUGUAUCAUGAAACCCGCCGUCAUCGAAGGAAGAUAAAAACACAGCAACUGCCCCAAGAAGAAGUGGAAAGAUCUACCAAAGAGAACAAGGCGCUUAAGACAACAGUGUUUGUAGUUAGUGCUGUUAUUGUGAGCCUUCUUCCAGCUGGUUUCUGUUUCAUCGGUUUAGCUACAGGCCUUUUUGAUACUUGCCCAAUCGAUGAAUCAAUCUGGCAAACUUGCAGCAUACUAAACUCGUUUGUUAAUCCACUGAUCUACUGCUGGAGACAAAACCAAAUGAGGAAGCUCGUAUUUAAAAUAGUGAAGUAG